AUACCAACUUUAUCAAUCAACAUAGACCCCCAUCAAUAAGACCAUGUCCACAGUACAAACAGAACAACAGCUGCAGGAGCCACUUGACCUUAUUAGAUUCCAACUUGACGAACCUGUGUUGGUCAAGUUGAGAGGAGCCCGUGAAAUGAAGGGUAAGCUUCAAGGGUACGACUCUCAUUGUAACAUGGUGAUCAGUGAAGCUGAAGAAUAUAUAUACGAUGUCAAGGACAACGAGGAACCAGUGGUGAAGAAGUCCGAAAUGGUGUUUGUGAGAGGGGACUCUGUCAUUUUGAUCAGUCCAAUUUCCGAGUAAGGAAAUGAAUAAUAAAAUAUGUACAAUACGAUAUAUUAAAUAUACAAGGGAA